AUGGCGCCAAGAGCAAGAGCUACCGGCACGGCCUGGGGAUCUCACCGGCAGCAGCUCUCUGCCCUGCUAUCCUCGGCGGUCCUGGAAUGGGUGCUGAUCCUGCUGAUGCUGCUGGAGGGCCUGCUGUCGUACCUGGCCACGGCGUUCGCGCGCCUCUGCAACCUCCCGCCGCCGUGCCCGGCGUGCGCGCGGCUCGACGCCGUCCUCGGCGGGGCGCGCCCGGGCUCCUCCUACCGCGACCUCCUGUGCAGCUCCCACAGGGCGGAGGCGUUCUGCCAUGAUGGUGGCGGCGUGGGCAUCGGGGAGGUUUGCAGUGGAGAUGUUUCAGGGGGUCGGCUCGCCGUCGACGACGGGUUCGAUCGCGCCGGGUACAGUGAGCUCAGGACCUCCGACUCCGAGUCCGAGCUGAGAAGAAGAUCGCCGGAGGACGCUGCCGCCAUCGAUCGGUUGAAGGAGCAGCUUACUUUGACGCAAGUUCAGAGUGGCGUCCCGGACAGAACACACGCUGCUGAAGAUUCAAGGGAGUUGGGCAGCAUCAUUCAGACAAGUGAACUUCCCACAAAAGAUGAAGAAUCUCACACGAAGGUUGCAGAUAGCGUUCUUCAAUCCGAGUUAACGCAAGUUCAGAGUGGCAAAUUACACUGUGAAGAUCCAGACAGCAUUCAGACAAGUGAUCUUCCAACAAAAGAUGAAGAACCCCAUACAGAUACAGGAGAUGAUCAUAACCCAGAAGAAGAUGUGUGGCACAAUGCUACUGACACUGGCGAACCGUCUGAAACCAAAGCUGCAGCAGAUGAGCCGGACCCUGAAUUUUCCGACAGGGCCACCACACGGCAGGAUUCCUUGAGAGUCCACCAGCACCUGAAGCUGCUGCUCUCGCAGCUCUCCACUUCUUCUUCUUUCCGGGCGCCCGACAGCCCGAGCGUGCAGGAGCAGCAGCACGAGCAGGCCGUGCUGCGCAACAUCACCAGGGCGCUCUCCCUGCAGCGGAACUACUCGGGCGUCUCCGACGGCAGCGUGGCCGGCGCUGAAGGUGAGGCUGAAGAGUGCGGCACGGUUGACGAGCUGAAGCGGCGGGUGGAGCUGGACCGCAGGUCCAUGGCGCUCCUGUGGAAGGAGCUGGAGGAGGAGCGGAGCGCGUCGGCGGUGGCGACCAGCCAGGCCAUGGCCAUGAUCACCAGGCUGCAGGAGGAGAAGGCGGCCAUGCGGACGGAGGCGGCGCAGUACCGCAGGGUCAUGGAGGAGCAGAGCGCGUACGAUCGUGACGAGGCUGACCGGCUGGCCGGCGCGGUAAGGGAGCUCGAGGCCGAGGUCGAGGGAUACAAGGCCAGGCUCAGGGACCACGAGAUCGUCGGCGAGAUCCGCGACCAUAUGAGGCUCCUUCCGUGCCAGACACAAGGCGAGACGGGCGGUGUCUCCGGCUCCGGACCGGCCGGAGAGGAAUUCUCCGGCGGCGGCUCCGAGGACGACGAGAACGCGCGCGCCUGGAAGCAGCUGAGGGGGCUGACGGACAGGCUCCACCGGCUCUCCAACAACAGCAGCGGGAUCGUCCAAGAACCGGAGCCCACGGACGUCGAAGAAGAAGAAGAAGACGGCGACGGCGGCAAGGAGGAGGACACGACGGAAGCUUCGGUGGUCGGCAAGCGCGUGAGGAACGGCGACAACUUCACGAAAUGGCAGCAUCUUCAGUCCAUCGAGACGACGAGCAAGGGCUCGACUCACGGCCACGGCCACCGCGGAGACGACGGCGGCGGCGAGGGCGACGACACGGCCGCACUGGAGGAGGAGAUCGGGGAGCUCAGCCGGCGGCUGCAGGCGCUGGAAGCGGACCGGAGCUUCCUGGAGCACAGCGUGAACUCGCUGAGGAACGGGAGGGACGGCGAGGCGGUGGUCCACGACAUCGCUCGCAGCCUGAGAGUGCUCCGGAGGACACUUGGAGAGGACACCAUGGCUACCUGA